GGUUUGAGACUACUUUAAUGGAAGUGAAUGUACAGAUGUAGACAAAUUACCAGGAUUUUUUUUUAACUAAUUGUUUCAUUGGCAUCUAAUGAAGUCCGAGUUUUAUACAAGUCAAGAACUUUCACUAUGGGCUUUCAAUUUAUAAUUGGGCUUAUUGGCUCAUACAUUCACUCAUAAUUAUAAAAACACUGAAUAUUACAAGAAUUUUUUUAUCAACAAGUGAUCCAUAAGACCAUAAAUACUACACUACAUUUCAGAAGGAGCCAAAAUGACUUCAUCCCCAGGUGCCCCAGAUCCAGCCUUCACCUUGAGGGGGAGUGGCAGUCCCAUCACCUGUCUGAAAUUUACUGACCAGGCAGAUCAGAAGCUUUAUUCCGGUUCUCAGGAAGGAACUAUCCAUAUCUGGGACAUGAAGACCCAUAGACCACUAGAAACACUGGCUGCCCACCCUGGACAGUCCGUUCUGUGGAUUGAGUUCAUCAGUGGUGAUGAGAUGGUGACGUUUGGAAGAAAUGGCAUUGCUAAUAUAUGGAAAGCUGCAGAAGCAAGUUGGACAAUUACAGGUAACAUUCAGACAUCUGUGAUGGGGUUUUGUCCUGGUGCACUGCUGAAACAGGACAAUUUACUGGCUCUUCCCAGUGAGGAAACAUCAGCAGUUGAUUUAUACGAUAUCAAAACUCGGGAGAAAGUUGGACAUUUCCUUGAUUCUGGCUGUAAACAUGGAAUGACUAUGAGUAUCAAGUCAAUUUCCGACACAUCUCAAUUUUUUGUGGGAUAUGAAGAUGGUUCCAUUGGUUUAUGGGAUUGCAAACAUUCUGGAAUCCUGGACAAGGCUAAAUUCUUUGAGGAAUGUGUGAUGUGUCUUGACUACAGCUCUGGUGCUAAUCUUGGAAUCUGUGGAUCUCCCAGUAAGACGUUAUCGACCUGGAACAUUACUGAUAACCAGAUUAACAAGGGAACAAGUUAUGAAGUGAAAAACCCUGGAUUUAACGACGUAAAAAUUCGUAAUGACCAAAAAAUAUUAGCCACUGCCGGUUGGGAUCACCAAGUACGAGUGUUUGGUGUGAAGAAAUUCAAGCCUUUAGCUGUAUUGUCCUACCACAAGGACAGCAUUCAAUGUCUGGCCUUCUCAAAAGACAAUAUGUUAGCCUGUGGUUCUAAGGAUCAACAUAUCAGUCUCUGGAAACUUUACUAAUUUACUGUAGUAAUAUGUGACAAUUUGUUUUUCACAGUAAACACAGAAUCAAUUAAGACAAUUUUUUAAUCUUUGCAUUUUUUAAUGGUAUUUUUAUUUUUAAAAUAUCAACAAUAAUUUGAAAUUGGUCAGUUUUAGCUUUCCUUUCAUUAAAUGAACAUACGUGUACUUGUAAACAUGGAACACAACAUUCUAUAACCUCCUUUAUCAUGGAAAUUCUUUUCAUAGAAUCUUUGGACUUAUUACAUGUAUAAGGAUGUGUUAUACUUCAGCCAUUGAGACAGACAAUAAAAACUGACACAUAUCAUGAACAAAAUGAAAUGUUAAAUUUCUCUUCAACAUGGCAGAAAAUGUGAACUACAUGUACAUUUUAACUUGAUAUUAAACUUCAUAUUGAG